AUGAAGCGGAAGCAAUCUCGAGGAGCGGUGGCUGAGAUUGAUCCUCCGCCGCCGCCGCCGCCGCAGCUGCAGCAGCAGCUUAACUUUGCCGUGAAGAAGCAUCUGCGAUCGAAGCUUCCUCGCAGAAUUCGGACUCACUUCUCGCCUAUUCUGCGUUCGUUGUUCAUCGCGCCGUCUGCUCUGGUUACGAGCGAGGCGUCGAGUGUGAUUGAGAAGAAGGACGUUCAAAUGGAGUUGUCUGAGUGCUCGUGUGUGGAGUCGAAUUCUGGAGCUUUCGGAGGGGACAGCGAGCUGAAGUUGAAGUUCAAACUGAAGAAGAGUGGAAAUGCGAAUGUAAUUGAGGAUCCCGAUGCGGUUGUGCAGUCGGAGAUUUCCAGCGUUGAGAGGUUUUCAUUGUCCGGCAAAGCUAGGAAGCCGAACAGUGAAAUCGUGAGCGUAACCGAAAAGGCAAAGGAAAUUGACGAGAGCGAAAUUUCGAGUCAGAGAAAAUUUUCCGGCAAGGUUUCGGAGUUCAGCGAAUGGAAAGUGAAACGAAGCAAGGAUGCAUCUGAGAUGAAUGACAACGAUGUUGUUUCAAUUAACUCUGCUUUAGAAUCCGCCGCUGAAUCGAAGUUAGCUGAAAACAGAGCAUUUGGUGAGGAGGUGUCUAAGCCAGAAUCUGCUGCACAUAAAGUCCUUACAACCGACUUUGAUCUGGAAUGUUCAGAGAACUUGUCUAUAAACGAUGAGGUUUUCGAUGACUACUCGUCGGCUUACUCUGAGCUUCAGUCGGAUAUUCUCCAGGAGAGUUCCGAUUUGGAUUUCUCCGAUUAUAGUCCGUCGAUGUGGUACGAUUCUGGCAGCCAAUUCUCUGAGAAAUCCAUCGGUGACGAUUGUCCUUCACAUAGCUUCCACUUGUCACGUCAGUUCAGUGAAGAGUUCUGCAGGUCAACCUAUGCUCCGGAUGACUCAUCAUACCCUGAAGAACACAACAUUUCUGAUGAAAUUUCAUUGGAGUUGGAAGAAGAGGAUGGAGAGCGCUACCGGAUGCUAAGAAGCAGAGAGAGAAGGCAAGUGUAUCUACGCGACUAUGCGGAGGAGUACUGCCUGGACACAGGCUACGGCGAUCUCGUCGUUCAACAACGCCUGCAGAUGGUCCAUUGGAUCGUCCAACAAUCCUCAAAGAAUGAGCUUCAAAAGGAGACAAUGUUCUUAGGAGUUAACCUCUUUGAUCGAUUUCUAACGAAAGGGUACUUCAGAAACAAGAAGAAUCUUCAGAUUGCUGGCAUUGCUUGCCUCACUCUUGCCACCAGAAUAGAAGAAAACCAGCCUUUAAACAGUAUUCAGGAUGAUACAUUCAACAUAGGAGGCAAUGUGUACAGCAGAUGUGAAGUGGUGGCUAUGGAGUGGGUGGUGCUGGAAGUUCUUAACUUCCAAUGCUUCCUUCCCACCAUUUACAACUUCUUAUGGUUCUACCUCAAAGCUGCCAGAGCUAGUGAUAUGAUGGAAAAGAGAACUAAAUAUCUGGCAGUACUAGCACUUCUAGGCCAUGAGCAGUUGAGUUACUGGCCAUCAACAGUAGCUGCCGGAUUGGUUAUCCUCGCUUCUUCGUUCAUAGAUCAGCAUGCCUCCUGUGACCUUUUUACAGAGUGUCAUUCCAGAACCAAGGAUGACGAUCUACCCAAAUGCAUAAAGAGCUUGGAAUGGUUGGUGAAGUACAUAUAACUCCAACAUCGCUAAGCAUUCGAGUCCUCUGCACAAAUGCAUCACCUCUCUCAUUCUUUCGUUUA